AUGCUUCGCCAAAACGAUUGCCAAGUGCGACAGCUCUGCAUUCCGCCUCCCACCGUCUUGGUGAGGAGUUUUCCCGUGAAAAAAUACGUGGAUGCCUGUGGCACCGUCUGUGAUAUCCAGGGCUUGCCUCCGUGUGUGAAUCCCUGCUGCUAUACUGUGAUUCCUCGGGGCACCACCACUUACGUGAACCUGGGUAAUCUUGGUGUGGCGCAGGCUGCUGGCUGCGUGAAUCCAUGCUCCCUCGGAGUCUCCACGUGCGUGCCUCCACGCUGCGAGGACGUGACCCAGUGCACCACCGCGUGUGCGGAACCGUGCUGCUACAAAGUGACCGAGUGCACCACCAGAUGCGAAGAUACGUGCUGUGAGGAGGUGAACAGGUGCUCCAACAGGUGCGUGGAUCCCUGCUGCAAGGAAGUGACCAAGCGCACCAUCACAUGUGUGGAUCCAUGUCGUGAGGAAGUUAUCAAACGCACCACCACAUGUGUGGAUCCAUGUCGUGAGGAAGUAAUCAAGCGCACCACCAGGUGUGUGGAUCCAUGUCGUGAGGAAGUAAUCAAGCGCACCACCAGAUGUGUGGACCCUUGCUGUGAGCAAGUGACCAAGUGCACCACCACGUGCGUGGAACCCUGCUGUGAGCAAGUGACCAAGUGCACCACCACGCGCGUGGAACCCUGCUGUGAGCAAGUGACCAAGUGCACCACCACGUGCGUGGAACCUUGCUGUGAGCAAGUGACCAAGUGCACCACCACGUGCGUGGAUCCGUGCUGUGAGCAGGUGACCAAGUGCACCACCACCUGUGUGGAACCCUGCUGUGAGCAGGUGACCAAGUGCACCACCACCUGUGUGGAACCCUGCUGUGAGCAGGUGACCAAGUGCACCACCACCUGUGUGGAUCCAUGCUGUGAGCAGCUGACCAAGUGCACCACCACCUGUGUGGAUCCAUGCUGUGAGCAGCUGUCCAAGUGCACCACCACCUGUGUGGAUCCAUGCUGUGAGCAGCUGACCAAGUGCACCACCACCUGCGUGGAUCCAUGCUGUGAGCAGCUGACCAAGUGCACCACCACCUGCGUGGAUCCAUGCUGUGAGCAGCUGACCAAGUGCACCACCACCUGCGUGGAUCCAUGCUGUGGGGGCAUUCAGGCUGUGACCAAGUGCGUGGAUUCCUGUCCCACCACCUGUGUCACACAAGUCACCCCCCUGUGCGUGGGUGUGUGCACCUCUGCCCGCGGCCAGCGCUGCUCCAUCAAAUGUGCAGAUGUCUGCUGCCGUAAAUCUUUGGCUCCUUGA